AUGGUUAUUGAAGCCCUCCAUGUUGGUGGUUCGGCGUGGUCGUUCCUUCCUGUCAAAAAUUCGCUGGGAGGUGUUUGGCAUAAUAUUGUUCAAGUUAUUAACAGACCGGUGGUCGGGUCUCGGCGUUUUCGGGACUAUUUUAGGGGCUCUGUGGGUAGGGGGGAUGGUAUUCUCUUCUGGUUGGAUCCCUGGUUAAAGGACGUGCCGUUAAAGGAUGUGUUCCCCAUGUUGUUCUCGCUCGAAGUAGUUAAAACGUGCUCGGUGGAGGAUCGGCUCCGAGGAGAGUUCUUGUGGAAGCAUGAUCCGGAGCUUCCUAGUGAACUGACGGAAUUGGCAGCUUUAAAUGUGGCUGUGGCUCAGGUCUCGCUUAGCGAUCGGAAGGACGACUGGAAGUGGCUGCCGGACAAAGCCGGGAUUUUUUCGGUGAAGUCUGCCAAGCAGCUUCUGGAGACGGUCGACAACAGCAAUAGCGGCUUUGUGUUGCAGUGGUGUAAGUGGGUUCCAAUUAAGUGCAAUGCUUUCGUUUGGCGUGCGGGGUUAAAUAGAAUUCCCACAAUCGAUUCUCUGCGUCGGAGGGGGAUUGGAGUGGGGGACGCUCUUUGCCCUCUUUGCAAAUCGGUUGACGAAUCUGUGGAGCAUCUCUUUACUUCAUGCGUGAUAGCUUCGAUCCUGUGGCAAAAGGUUAGUAGAUGGUGCCGUAUCCCCCCGAUUUUCGCGUUUUCUUUCAAAGACUUGGUGGAGAUCCACAAUGGUCCAGCUAUCAUCCCGAGGGUUAAGCAUAUCAUUCACGGUAUCAUUUUUGUUUCUUGCUGGGUCCUCUGGGCGGCCAGGAACAAGGUUGUGUUUUCCGGAAUGGAAGUCAAAGUCGAUAGUCUGUUUGGUGAGGUUCGGUCGUUAGAUUUGAGCAAUUUCAUGGUGGACAUUUAA